UGCACAUCCGCCUGACCGGGGAGUGUUUACGUUCGCAUUCCGAGCAGUAGCAGGAGAAACCGCAUGAUCUUUGCAGGUACGUCUUCAUGCGCAGAGCCACGUCUGACGGCAGCCCGAUGAGGACAGGAGCGUUGUCACCUUGACAGUGGCAGCAGUUCUUUGACAUGCAGCACCCCAACUUUGAGACGAGGCACCCCCUCCAGACGGACGAUCAUGAGACCGGCUUGGACCCCCUGCAGAACUUCAACAGGACGAAAGGACGGGCAGCAGUGGAGAGCAGCGGAACAGCACCGUAUUCGGAGGCAGAGUGCACCUUCCUCUCCUACAGGAACGAGUGGGACGAGCUGUUUCUGAGCAGUAACUAUCUGCCCCGGAUCCGGCAGGCCGGCAUCAACGGCCGGCUGCGCAGUAGCAGGUUCCGCAGCGUCUGCUGGAAGCUGUACCUGGAGGUCCUGCCAGAGGAUAAAAGCCUGUGGAUCAAUAAGACGAAGGAGCUGAGAGCCGAGUAUGAGCAGAUCAAAGAGACGCACAUAACCAACCCCCGAAAAGCUGCAGGACACCAGGACCUGGUGGUGAACAACCCUCUGUCUCAGGAUGAGGGGAGUCUGUGGAAUAAAUUCUUCCAGGACAAAGAGCUCAGAGGGAUGAUCAAGCAGGACGUCCUGAGAACGUUCCCGGAGAUGCAGUACUUCCAGCAGGAGUCUGUGAGGGACAUGCUGACGGACAUCCUGUUCUGCUACGCCCGCGAGAACGAGCAGCUGCUCUACAAACAGGGCAUGCACGAGUUGCUGGCUCCCAUUGUCUUCAUCCUGCACUGCGACCAUCAGGCCUUCCAGCACGCCAGCGAGACCGCCGGCCCCAGUGAGGAGAUGAAGUCUCUCCUGAACCCAAACUUCCACGAACACGACGCUUAUGCCAUGUUCUCCCAGCUCAUGGAGACAGCGGAACCCUGGUUCUCCAGCUUCGAGCGUGAGGUUCGAAAGGGGAAAGAGGAAAUGCUGACGAGCAUCCCCUUCGCUCGACCGCAGGACGCCGGCCCUUCUGUCGCCAUAGUGACCAAAGUCAACCGCAUCCAGGACCAGCUGGUGAAGAAGCACGACAUCGAGCUGUACAUGCAUCUGAACCGGCUGGAGAUCGCCCCACAGAUCUACGGCAUCCGGUGGGUGCGGCUGCUGUUUGGGAGAGAGUUCCCCCUGCAGGACCUGCUGGUGGUGUGGGACGCCCUGUUCGCCGACAGCAUCACCCUGGACCUGGUGGACUACGUGUUCGUCGCCAUGCUGCUUUAUAUCAGAGACGCCUUGAUCGCCAGCAACUUUCAGACCUGCCUGGGGCUGUUGAUGCACUAUCCACCAAUUGGAGACAUCCACGCCCUCCUCCACAAAGCUCUGUUCCUGAGGGAUCCCAAGAACAACCCGAGACCCGUAAACUACCAGUUCCAGCAGAACCUGGAUUAUUACAAGACCCGCGGCGCUGACCUGAUGAACAAAACACGAGCGACUGCCAGGACCGCCCCUCUCAACAUUAAUAAGGUUUCCAGCAGUUUGCUGAAUUUCGGGCGGAAGCUGAUCGCCCCGGCCAUCUCUGCCCCCUCCAGCAGCAUCUCGCCCAUCAACAGCGAGGUGGUGUCUGCCCCGCCCCCGGUGACGCGCACCGCGCCCGUGCCCAUGCCCGCCCCCGGCCCCGCCCCCGGCCCCGCCCACUCACAGGCCAGCGCGCAGACGCAGAUGCAGCAGCACAGACUGCUGAAGUCCGAGAGCAUGCCCGUGCACCUGAGCAAAGAUGGAGCUGCAGACGGAGGCACUCAGGUCUCUGUCCCCGCCCAGAUUCGUACUGAUGCCCAAGGCCCCAGCUCCAGGACGGUCAGCUCGUCUCCGAGCAUCGAGAGUCUGCCCGGGUCGCGUGACUACGCCACCGCGUCCCCCCCGCUCUCCGCCACCAAGAAGGACUCCUUCUUCAACAUCACCCGCUCUCGCUCCCACAGCAAGAGUAUGAGCAAGAAGGAGGCGGAGGAGGAGCUGGAGGCCCAGGUGUCCUUCCUCCAGGGGCAGCUGAAUGACCUGGAGGCCAUGUGCAAGUACUGCGCCAAGAUGAUGAACGUGCACAUCGGUAAAAUCCAGGACGUGAUCCUGCAGGAGAAUCUGGCCAAGGAGGAUGAGGUGCUGGUGUCUCUGGCAGGACUCAAACAGAUUAAGGACAUCCUGAAGGGGUCACUGCGCUUCAACCAGAGCCAGCUGGAGGCUGAGGAGAACGAGGAGAUCACCAUCGCUGACGACCACUACUGCUCCACCGCACAGCAGGGGGGAGACCGCAACGGCCACGGGGACGCCGAGGGAGACCAGCCACAGCCACUACCUGAGCAGCAGGGGGUGCAGUUGGGGGGCCAGCACUGGGAUGACUACAUCCUGAUCUCACAGGAUGAAGAUACCCCGCCUGAAACAGAGGAGAGGAAGACUGCGGAGCCAUCCAGGGGGGCCAAGCCCGCCCGCACUCCCCGAGCAGGCCAGGGGGGGUCCCGGGGGGAGCAGGAGGCGGGGGGCUUCCAGGACCCCCUGACAGGCACGGCGUCAGGGUCCUCCAGUGCCCUGGGGUCCAGCCCAGACGAUGACAGCACCAACAGCAAGGACUCUGACUUCACCAUUGUGAACCCCAUGGACCUGUGAGCCCUCUGCUGGGGGCCGCUGCCCCCUGCUGGUGAAAAGCAGAUCCACAGCUGUAUCUUUGCACACUUUUACUGAACUUGAGCCCAGACUCCCGCCCCAUUCUCCAAUGUGCCCCUCCCACCUGCUGCCCCCCGCGUGCAUGGAGACGCUCUUUACCUGCCUGCAAGGUGGGGGUGUGGCUUAUGGGAGACCCUGCCUCAGACCCGCCCUCAUCCCCAGUGCCCCGCCCCUCCCCGCCCACACUGCCUGUCCAUGAGUGCCUGGAAGAGCCUUCAUUAUCACUAAUCUCUGCAGUUC